CGUACUCAACCUUUGACAGCCACCUUUGUCCUCUCCGCUACCGUCGUAAACAAGCUGCGCCGUCGCUCUUUCUACCGUGAAUUGUGAGUAGGAAAUGAGAAUGAAGUUAAGAAAGCUGCUGGGGAGUCGUGUCUAUUACCUGAUUUUGAGGUUUCUGAUAUUGUUGAACUCAGGAAUGAAUUAGAAGCUUCAGAACUCAAGACUGAAAAUGUGGAAGAUAAACAAGUUAGUUCUGCUGAUGAGAAGAUACCCAUGGUUUCACCGGAGAAUCAGGAUAAGGUUCCAACAAUUCAACAAUUGGAAAAUGAGAAUGAAGGUAAUUUAUCUCCAUCUUUUAUGCUGCCUAAGGGAAAUCAUGAUAAGGUUCUUGCAAUUGAGAAUGCAUUCCCCAAAUAUUUGGAUUUUGCAAGAAUUAUUACGAUAGGUGAUUUAAUGCUGGUUCCCGCGAUCAAGUUAAAGUUUGUUUUUGGCUGCCCAGGGGGGUAUACAAUCUUUUUCCUAGUGGAUGGAUUAUGAAAGAUAUGGUUGCCACAGGUUUUCGUGAAUCUAAGUUUUUUUCAAAAAAUGUACCUUUGUCAGAUGAGGACAUUGAUGUUAGUUAUUUAGUUCCUCGCAGAGUCAUUGAUGACUUUGAAAUUAUUGCUGAAGGAAAUUUUAAUUUUCGAGGUUCUAAAUUAAACUCGGAAGAGAUAUAUUUAGAAUUUAAAAAAAAAAAAUUACUUGAGAAAUUAGGUGCUUAUCCAAUGAAAUAUUUUGGGACCCUUUUUGAAGGUAGAGUCGCAAUGCAAGACGAUUUGAGUGAAAUGAUGUCAGUUUUGUCUCAAGAGAAGCCACCCACUAUUGUUCUUAAGGGUGUGCCUUGUGAGUGGUUUGCUGGCCAUCACUCAAUGGAGAAUCUUCGAGCUCUCUUUCAUACUUUUGGGAGACUCAGGAAUCUUGAUAUUGAUGACAAUAAUGUCUCCAUCCAAUUUGAGGACCCUGAGGAGUGUUCCAAAGCAUUAAAAAAAUUGUGUUCUUGUUCUUUGAAAAAGAGUAAUGAUUCAAGGAUGGUUGAUUAUAAUCUGACAUUGAAGGACUUGCCUGAUCCUAGCAUCUCCCAAGAAAUGUUGUCCACCAACAACUAUCCUUCUUUGAAGAAGGAUGAUUCUAUGCCAGUUAGCAAGGAAACUUUCAAAGGGCAAGACAUGCAUGCUUUGAUGGUUCGAAUGACAGAAAUCGAGAAGGAGUUGAAGUAUUUGAAAGCUAAGAUAGAGACAUCUUCUGCUUGUUAAUCUGACUAAGCUGGUUAAUCUCACUAAGUUGAAGUAUUCUCUGUGUUGUGAUCAAUAUCUACCCUACCUUUUAUGCUACCCUUGUAACUUGGUUUGUUGUGCAUGCUCCUAGAUUUAUGAUUACUCCCUCCGUCCCUAAAUUACAAUCCUACUUCUCGCACAUAAUAAAGAGAAGUAGGAAUGUAAUUUGGGGACGGAGGGAGUACUGUUUUUGUUUUUCUAAUCCGUUUAUUCUUGGAAUUGUGAGUAGUAGAGUAUGUUUCUUGUGAAUUGUGAUGCAACAAAUGUCUCAUGUUGAGGAAUGCGAUCAUUGUAGUCAUCUUUAGUUUCUUUUGGGGGCAGCAACGAUGGACUUUAAAGGAUUUAGCGUGAAAAGAGAAGUGUUGCAACUGAAAGAUAAAAUAAAAUAGAGGAAGUAAAAUGUAGUAGGGUGGGCCAAAAAAAAAAAAAAAUUGUUGUAGGGUGGGAAUUUUUUUAUUUUUUUUUAAGUAAGAUGAAGGUUUGUAAAUUUGAGUUAAAGGAUCAAGACAACAAAUUUUAGCAAUCUGAUAAGUUAACAAACCAGCAACUAGUACAUUUUACAUAACACUUUUAUUGACUACUGCGCUGCUACUACAUUCUUUUUUUUUUUUUUU